AUGCAGAUGCAGCAGUGGCCUCACCGGAUACACUUCCUUGCCGCUCCUCUCUUGAUGAGUAUCGACUUCCAGAGCACAACAGCUACUAACACUCGUGUCAGAUGGUUCUCAGUCGUUAUGGGGACUGGGAUGAUUUCCACCGCCCUAAAUACUCUUCCUUAUAAUGGUCGCUGGCUAUACUGGAUCUCGAUCGUCGUCUUUGUUCUAAAUGUCGCUAUCUUCGCAGUGUGUAGCAUUCUGAGUGUGCUCCGCUACACUAUGUACCCGGAGACUCUUAACACUAUCAUGAAUGAGCCUGCUCAGUCAAUGUUCUUGAGUACGUUUCCCAUGGGACUAGCGACUAUUGUGAACAUGAUCUGCUUUGUGUGCGUCCCAGCGUGGGGAAAUUGGACGAGAGAUUUUGCUUGGGCCCUGUGGAUGGUUGAUGUUUGCCUUUCAGUCAUCUCCGCACUUUACCUGCCAUUCUCACUAAUGAUUUCAAACGUCGAUGGACAGCUCUCCUCAAUGACUGCGAUCUGGCUACUGCCAAUUGCAAGCUGCGUUGUGGCUUCAGGGACUGGUGCAGUCGUUGCAGACCUUCUUUUCAAUCCUAAUCAUGCUUUAUGGACGAUUAUUGUCAGCUAUGUUCUAUGGGGAGUUGGCAUCUGCUUAUCUAUGAUUGUUUAUGUUAUCUACUUCCAACGGCUUACUGUGCACAAAUUGCCACAUAAGGGAGUUAUCAUGAGCGUGUUCUUGCCGAUGGGACCUUUGGGAUCCGGAACCUUUGCGGCCCUGAAACUCGGUACAGCUGGAAAGACUGUUCUAUCAAAGACUCAAAUGUUGAAUGACAGCUCUGCCGCCUCCAUAGUUUAUGUCGUAGGCGCAAUGACCGCACUGAUCCUCUGGGCUUUUGGUCUUCCUUGGCUUUUCUUUGCCUUCGCAUCGGUGCUGAAGUCAGGAAGGUUUCCGUUCAACAUGGGUUGGUGGGCUUUCACCUUUCCAGUCGGUGCGUAUGCGAUGGGAACAUGUCAGUUAGGGAGGCAGCUGCCUUCUGCUUUUUUCAGGGUCCUGGGAACAGUCCUCUCGUUGAUAGUCGUGAUCCACUGGAUGGUCAUCUCCGUCAGUACACUCAAAGGGGUCGUCUCUGGAAAAAUAUUUGUUGGCCCCGGAGUCGCCAAAGUACAACGCCAGGGCAAAGAGGAGAACCAUUCGGAAAGCAUAUCACAAUCUUGA